AUGUUUGAGGACAAAUAGGAAUUAGAAGAUACUUUAUGUGAAGCAUUUCAAAACAAUUACCUUAGGCUAGGUUUGCAAGAAAUCUCUAAAUAUAUUUAUGCAUUAGAUGUAUUAUGUAAAUAAAAGGCUUAAGUGAGAUUAAGAUAGUUAGCUUCAGUCCAUUGCAGAAUUUGCCUAAAUAUGAUAAGUAAAGAUGAUUAAGAAUAGAAUUAGAUUAUUAAAUUAAAUUGUUAAUGUAAUGAUUACUGCCAUAAACUAUGUUUAAAAUAAUUAAUUCUUCAAAAUAAAGAUGAAUUUGAAAGCAUAGAAAGAAUUGAGGAGAUUAUAAAUUAAAAUAUUAAAUGCAAUUAUGGAUGCGUUAAUAAUAUUUUUAGCGUCUUUAUGAUUAAACAAGUGCUUUCUGCCAAAGAAAUCCAAAUUUAUUUGUUUAAUUACUCUGAAAGUUAGAAGUAAAAGGUGAUAAAUGAAUAAAAAGAGCUAGAAUUAGAAAAGUAGAAAUAAGUCAUUAAUUUUGAAUGCCUAAUUUGUAUGGAAGAUCUUGAUUUAAAUGUGAAUGGCUAUAUUUUAAAGUGUGGAUGCUAAUUUUGUAGAGAUUGUUUAAAAUAAGGUAUAGUAGAAGCAUUAAAUGGCAAUAUAAAUUUUGUAUUUGAAAAUAUUUUUUGUCCAAUGGAGAACUGCAAAAAAGUAUUAGACUUUGAUGAUAUUAAUUCUAUUCUUAAAGAUGACAAGCAAUUGCUAGAAAAGUUAGAGUAUAAAAAUAUCAUUUCUACUUUUUAAUAGGCUAAAAGAGAAAACCCAGAUAUAUAGGAAGUACUUAUAGUUUGUCCAGGAAAAUAUAAAAUUAAUAAAAAUGAUGAUUCUAAAAUAAUUAUAAUUCCAUAAGAUUAAAUAGAAAAAUAGAGAUAAGGAAAAGGUAACAUUCCUUUGGAACAAAAUGAGAUGCUAGUCGAUUGUAAUUUCACUUUUAUCUAAGACAAAUCUGUUUAGAAACUCAGGCAUAAAUGUACUAAGUGCAAAUACGAAUUCUGUCUCAACAAUUGCGACUCAACUCAUGAAAAUACUAGUUGUAGCAAUUACCAAAAAUGGAAGAUUGAAAAUUCUAAAGAUUAUAGGAAAGAGCUUGAAGCCUAAGGUUUUAGAUUUUGUCCAAACGAAAAUUGUUGUGUUUUAACUUUUAGAACAGACGGUUGUAAUAGAAUUACAUGUUCGAAUUGUAAGAUAAGCUAUUGUUAUCUUUGCUAUUUUUCUGCUAAAACUGCAAAUGAAGUUUAUGCUCAUUUAAGAGAAAAGCAUGGAGGUUAUUGGGGCAAUGCAUGA